AUGCCGGAAAGACAUUCCAGCAAAAUUUCAAGGGUGAGGAUGGGCGAUGGCGCAAGUAUAUGUGUGAAGAUGAUUUCUGAGGAUGCAACAUCGCCGAAGCCUCUGCUGGUCUCACUUCACGGAGCACCAGGCCUUUCCACUCACCGAGAGCCGGAAGCCUCCUUCUCCUUCCUUUCCAAGACUUUUCGAGUCCUCGUAUAUGAUGCUCGAGGAAGUGGCGCGUCAGACCACCAAGAACCAUUCAGCCAUGAGCGUUGGGUCCAGGACCUAGAAAAUCUAAGGAUAUGGGCAGGUGCCGAGACGUUUGUCCUUACUGGAGCCUCAUAUGGGACAUAUGUCGCGCUCGAAUAUGCCAUUUUAUACCCAGCACGUUUACAAGCACUGAUUCUUCGAGGUCCCUGGGCCAACGGAAAAAUAGGCCCGAUGAAUGCUCUAGCCAAUAUCUUGGUCUCAGACCGGGCCAACGUUGACGUCGCCCGCCAAGUCCGCGCAUGGUCUGGCCCUCUACGCAAUGAUCACAACUUCAAGGAUGCUGUCGUGAACUUAUACCAUUCUUCGCGCCUCCAGAAGACCAUUCAGCCUCGGCUGCACGCACCACCGAAUCGACCGAGUUUCAAGGAUCGGUUGAGUUUCAUUCAGGCACACAUAACUACGCCUUCGCUAAGAACAUGCCACGCUUUGAUGUGCGUACCUACACUCCUCGUGGUGGGGCGCCACGACUAUAUCACCCCCGUGGAAUAUAGCCAGGAAAUAGCCAAGAGUAUCUCUCAUGCAAGGCUAGAGAUAUUCGAAUAUUCAGGACAUAGUCCACCUUCUGACGAGCCGGCAAAGUUUGAGGAGAUUGUUUUGGACUUCCUCCAGACUGAAGUACUCUAG